AUGCGAACAUUGGAAUGGGAUAAUAUGGGAGUGAAAAUCGAUGGUCGGCAGUUACACCAUUUUCGCUUUGCUGAUGACUUCGCUCUUAUAACAGCAAACAUUAGCCAAGCGGAACGUAUGCUUGCCGACUUUGAUAAAGCCUGUGGAAAGAUUGGUCUUCGACUACAUCUUACGAAAACAGUGUUCAUGAGGAACGGAUUGCUUUCGUAUGGCCCAUUCACGCUCAACGGAACGAAUAUACCUGAAUACUCCAGUUUCGGGAAAUCAAUAUGA